GAAACACCUCCCUCCGCUUUUUGGGAUGGGACGGACAGAGUUGUAGCCGGGACGCUUCUGAACUUUCCCUAAAACGUCCCAGAUAAGUCUUCCCUCCGCCUGGUGCCAUGCCGGGGCCGCGUUAGCGCGUUUUUUUUCGGAUCGUCGGAGAACGUCUUCCUCCUGUCUCCAGAGUCAUGGCUCCGUUCGGGAGAAACUUUCUCAAGGCUCGAUUGAAGAACAGGACAAAAGAUGCCGAGCCGGUGGUUGGAAAGGAGAUUCAAGUUACAGUCUGCAACGAAGAAAAGGUGGUCUGUGGAGUAACGAAGCACACGACCUGUGCCGAUAUGAUUCAGGCACUACUGGAGGACCAAAAGUCCAUGCCAGAGAGCAAGCGACUCCUGCACGGAGAGCCCAAAGAAUUCUGCCUAGUGGAGAGAUGGAAGGGGUUCGAAAGGGCCUUGCCCCCUCUCACCAGAAUCCUGAGGCUCUGGUACGCCUGGGGGGACCAGCGGCCCUUUAUUCAGUUCAUUAUGGUGAAAACCAGCGAUUUCGUGCCCCAGCCCACGAAGAAAACGUUAAAGUCCAGAGGGGCGCGGCCCAAACGUUGGGAGCAUGGCCAGGCUCAGUACGCCCAGCCUCUGCCCGCGGAGAAGCAGAAACGGCUGGUGAAAAAGGCUUUCCGGAAGCUUGAGAAGCUUCACAAGGAGAGCAGGAGCUCCCCGGGGGCCGAGGAGGUGGAGCGCAUGGUGCAGCUCGUUCUGAACCAGGACCACGCAAUCCGAGAGCAGAUCCAGAGGAUGCGGGACUUGGAUUUGGAGAUAGAGCGAUUCGAGCAGCAAGCGCAGAAGGAGGCCCAAUCCGAGGGUUCUCUGGCUCAGGCCAGUGGCCCCAUUCUGCCGGAGUACAGCGAGGAGCAGCUGCAGGAGUAUCUGUACACCAGCGACGGGGUUGUAAACCUGGAAAUGCAGGUCCAGAAGCACCAGGAGCUCAUCCUCCAGCUGUCCCGGGACAUAGACAACGAGCUGAGGAAGGAUGGCUUCCCUUUGGUCCAUGAGAAGAACGGUGAGCAGCAAUUAGCUUCGGCCGCGUCCGGCUUUCAUUCUGAAACAGAAGAAGCGUUUUACACCGCUGAGCUCGCGAGGCUGCAGGAGGAACUGAAACACGGAAUAUUCAGCGGCGUGGCUCUCCAGAACCAGGCUGCAGAGAUGGAAAAGCAGCUCAAGUACUUCGACAAUACGCUCGUUGCCAAAGACCAGGAGUGCUGGCAGCUGGCCGCGCAGCUGAACUCGCUGAAGAUCAUGGACGUUGUGGAGGAAAAACAGCCAGUGCCGGUCUGUGUGAAGAGCCAGGCUCAGUGCAGCGCGUCCCAAACAGCGACACCCAAACACAGCCUGUCCCCGUUAGACGUCACAGACACAGACUCAGACACCGGGAUUAGCUCCACACACAGUCAAGACUCGCUGUCACCGUGUCUGGACUUCCCUCCCCCACUGGACACAGACGUUUGAAGAGUCGCGGAGAUCUUACAGUUCAUGGUUUCACACCGUGGCUCCCCCAUGCUGCCUUUAUCACUUUGUGUGAAAUGAAAUGUAACUUUUUCAAUUCUUAUCAACGAUAUUCUUUGCUGGCAGUAUGUCAUCUCAAUUUAUCCUAAAUUUGUGAAGCUUUUAAGGCCAUUUGAUGGGUGGUAAUUGAAAUCAUACAGAAAAGACACAGACUGAUAGCAGAGUACCAGCAGCAAGAAAAGAUAGCAAUACUAUGGAAACACUGUAAAGAUGGAUAUACUAAUCAAGGGAAAAAAAUACAUGAAUCAUUCUUCAAUGUCCCACUUUAACUGUAGCUUUUUCAGGUAGGAGGUGAUAUUUGAUAAUCGGUCUUGUUGGCAGCUGUAAGUCGCAGUGUGUCACACUUGACAUUUAAGCUUCCAUAUUCAGGUUAGAAUUUUUUUCAAGAUAGGAUGCAGGAGCAAAUAAUUUCUCUCUUAGCCUUUGCAUCCCAUCUUAACCUUAUCCAAAAGGUUUUGAACUCAACAGCAACAUUUCAAUCCUGUUUCUCUGUGCUUGCAUUAGCGAUUUUGAAAAUCUAUUAAGCUAAAACAUGGAAUUAAACGUUUAAAAAGUCAACUAAAAUAACAUGUUUAUAGUAACAGUAACAGUGGGUGGUCCAUCAUCUCGUCUGCAGCUCGGUCCAGCUUACCCCCAAUAAGGUGCCAAAGGGGAGUAUUUUCUACCAUUUUACAAUACUUUUAGAUGUGAAUCACUGUAUCUUUGUUUUCUGUGUUGAACAUUCACCCCCAAGACAAAGCUUUUUUUUCUUACAGUAUAAAAACGGAACCAUUUCAUGCAGAUUAUUUUAAAGAAUCUUUUCAUUUUUAGCCAGUGAACAUGUUUUGUAUCAUUCAUCCGCAAGCUCUUUAACUUUAAAAUGAUAAUAUGAACCUUUUCAAAUUUAUCAUGUGUUAUUUUAGUGCUUUAUAAGCUUGUUUUUGUUUUUUUUACACUUUUCUGUUUCCAUUUUGAUUUUUAAAAAAGCACUUGCUCAUCAUAGAAAACAAUAGCAGGCUGAACCCUGACAGUGUUUCCAUGUGAGCUGCCACAUGUAAACUGUAUAUACACUCUUUAAAUCAGCAAAAUUUCAAAUUUAGAAAAUCUAAACGUUCCGUUUGAAAGUUAACAGUGCUAUUUCACUGGUUGUUCAGUCAUUGUUACCUAAAUCGGAAUGUAUGUUUUUGGCCCCUUCUAAAGUUCUCAAACUCAAGCUGCACUUCUUUGUACACACAAAUAAUAAAGAAAUAAAUAUGAACAAUGUUUUAUAUUAAAACAAAUAGCUAAUUGGGUUAGAUGUAGAAUUUCUUGACUAAAUAAUUGUGAAAAAUUAACCACUGUAAAUGUUUGCUGUACGUUCUGUAAAUAAGAGACAUGCACAAUUUUAAGGACAAUUUGCUAUUUGAAAGGCUAUUUAUUUACAAUGUAACUAUUUUGCGGACAAUAUUUUUAUUAUUUCAAAACUAUACGCCUGCUGAGUCAAUAGCUACACCAAAUUGUUUAUUUCUCUACCACAUGCUAACGUUCAUAAUAAAGACUACUUG